GUUCCUUCCUGGCCGGAGGUAUUGCCGGAUGCUGUGCUAAAACAACAGUUGCUCCUUUGGAUCGAGUAAAGGUUUUAUUACAAGCUCAUAAUCACCAUUACAAGCACCUAGGAGUAUUUUCUGCACUUCGUGCUGUUCCCCGAAAGGAAGGAUACCUGGGAUUGUAUAAAGGAAAUGGUGCCAUGAUGAUUCGAAUCUUUCCCUAUGGUGCAAUCCAGUUUAUGGCAUUUGAGCAGUAUAAAACGUUGAUUACCACAAAGCUGGGAAUUUCUGGUCAUGUGCACAGAUUAAUGGCUGGAUCCCUGGCAGGCAUGACGGCAGUUAUCUGUACUUACCCUCUUGACAUGGUCAGGGUGCGCCUAGCAUUCCAGGUGAAAGGGGAGCACACCUACACAGGAAUUAUUCAUGCAUUCAAAACAAUUUAUGCAAAGGAAGGUGGUUUCCUUGGAUUUUACAGAGGACUGAUGCCUACUAUAUUAGGAAUGGCUCCAUAUGCAGGUGUUUCAUUUUUUACUUUUGGUACCUUAAAGAGUGUUGGGCUUUCCCACGCUCCCACCCUUCUUGGCAGACCUUCAUCAGACAAUCCUAAUGUGUUAGUUUUGAAAACUCACAUAAAUUUACUUUGUGGUGGUGUUGCUGGAGCAAUAGCACAGACGAUAUCCUACCCAUUUGAUGUAACGCGUCGGCGAAUGCAAUUAGGAACUGUUCUGCCAGAAUUUGAAAAGUGCCUUACUAUGCGGGAUACUAUGAAGUAUGUCUACGGGCACCAUGGGAUCCGGAAGGGGCUGUACCGUGGUUUAUCUCUCAAUUACAUUCGCUGCAUUCCUUCUCAAGCCGUGGCUUUUACAACGUAUGAACUCAUGAAGCAAUUUUUUCACCUAAACUAAAAAAAAAUAUAUUCCUUGUGGUUUCUUUUCCUGCAUAAACUCUUAGAAGGAAAAAUUAAGUGCAGGAGAAGCAUUACUUGAUGGGGGUUAUUUACCCUAGCACAGGAACCACUGGUAUUUUAAUACUUGAUUUAUUUUUUAGUCACAAAACAAAGUGCUUAACUGACUUUUUGAUGCCAAUCAUUAUAUCUUAGAACACUGAAAAAAAAAACUCCUAAGCUGAUGCUGGCUAAUCAGUUAGGUUAUUUGAAACUGUUUAAAAGUAUUAUUUGGUAGUGCAGUGUUUAUAACCGUAAUGGGGUCCAAGAGAUUGCCAUUAACUUUAUUACACUGUUUUAAGCUUUUAAUUGUAAUCAUGAUUUUUUUCUUUUUCUUUUUUUGUGCUGUUUCAAGACCCAAAUGCAGGGCCUUGAACAUGCUAAGCAUGCACUCUUUCUACUGAGUUCACCCAAGUCUGAAAUCAUGAUUUUGUAAAAACUCUUGACAUUUUUCGUUAUUAAGAUAUGCAGGCUUGGAUAAAUUGAAGCAGAAUGAUGAGAACAGAAUUUUUAAGUUCUUUAUUUUUCUUUGUAUAAUUUUGCUUGACCGGGUAAAAGGAGAAAUGCUUUUCCUUCAUUUUUAAAUUAAAAAAAUGGAUUUAAAGUGUAUUCAAAGUCCAUAUAUUUCUCACAGGCACUUCUAAUACAGAGUAGUAUCUCUGUUCUCAAAAACAGAGUAGUGCCACAGUUAUGUUUUGUUGGAUGGUUUGGUAUAUACUAGAAGACUGAAAGUGAACUGUGAAAUAUCCGUUAAUGUAGAUGUGAGUAUCAAAGGAUGUUUCUAAGAUGUUAUGUCAUGAUAUAUCAACUAGGUCUUCCAUGUAAAGUCAUUUUAGUACAAUAUAAAUUUAGGGAGAAAAAUAAAAUAUGAUUUGAUUGCUAUUCUUUAUAUUAAGAAAAUUGUUUAAAAUGUAAGAAUUCUACUUCUUGUGUUUAGAGCACUUUUUGUAGUUUAUUGUCAGCAUGACAGAAACGGGAAGAGAACAGUGAAAAUUCAAAUAGUGAUUUGUAGAAUUAAUGUGAUCUUUAUGAUACCAGAAACCUAACUUGAAAGUGUUAUUUCUGCAUCAAUUUUUUUUUUGUGUGUGUAAAAGCUGUCUUGUCAUAUCCAUGUAAAAAUUGGAUGAGCUGGUUUCAUUUUCAGUCUUUAUUUUAAAAAUAAAUAUGUAUCUUAAUGUGAUUUUUUAAAACUGUACCGGCAGGUAGGAAUACAUGUGUUUCUAAAACUAUUUUGUAUAUUUUCAUUUCUGGUCCACACUGUAGCUAACUAUUGUCACUGAGUCUUAAAAUAAUGUAAAUGUAUAAAAUAAAAAUCUUAGUUAUAUUAUCAGUAAAAGGGAAUGACAAAUAUUUUUUCAAUAAAAAUUUGCAU